AUGGACGGCGUGGUCAUCACCCUCGCCGCGCUGCUCGCUGGCACGGUGACCAACCCCUACGGGGACGGGUACUACCAGGGUGACUUGGGCAUGGAGGCCGUGACGGCGUGCACCAGCAUCUUCGGCAGCGGCGCUUACCCCGGCUACCCGGGGACGCUACUCAAGGAUCCUGCCACCGGCGCGAGCUACAACGCCGUCGGGCUGGGCUGGAGGAAGUACCUACUCCCGGCGCUGUGGGACCCGACGACGUCCAAGUGCAGGACGCUUGUGUAGGUGCUGUGAGCCCGUGACGACGCGCGUGAGACCAAGGAGGCAAAACGGAUGCUAUGUAGCACUCUAGAUGCAUGACAUCGCGAAGAAAAAUAAAUUACUCGUUUAU